UAUAAGACGCGCUCGCCCCUCCGCGCAGCCAAACGUCUUCGCCAUGGGCACCGCGCGCCUCUUCCCGCUGCUGGCGGCGCUCGCCGCCCUUGCUGCCCUCGCCUCCGCGCGACCGAGCAAAUCUGCAGUAUCUGUUCGACCGCCCCGUGGAGCCCCUGUACUUCGCCAAGGGCGAGAACGAGGACGUGGUCUUCAAGCUGCCACCCAGCUACGUGGCAUGCGCACGUACGAGGACUUCAUGUCGGCCGGCACCUUCUGCCGCGAGCGCAUCAACCCGUUCCUCUUCUCGUACGCGAUGAGCGUGGCGGUGCUGCACCGCAACGACACGCGGGGCGUGCAGCUGCCGCUGUUCGCCGGCCGCUUCCCCGAGAAGUUCUUCGACGGCGCCAUCUUCUCCCGCGCGCGCGAGGAGACGAACCUCGUGAACCCCGGCGAGCGGAUCCCGCUUGAGAUCCCGCUGGACUGGACGGGCACGGACCUCGACCCAGAGCACCGCGUGGCGUACUUCCGGGAGGACGUGGGCAUCAACCUCAACCACUGGGCCUGGCACCUCCGCCUGCUGAACUGGCGAGAGCCCAUCGAGGGCGGCUACUUCUCCAAGCUGGACAGCCUGGUCGCCAGCCGCGUGUGGCCGCCGCGCCACGCCGGCGCGCGUCCUUCGGAAAACGGCGAAUUUGUGCGCUUGGACGAAGUGUCCGGCAUCGACCUGCUGGGCAACAUCAUGGAGGCGAGCCCGCCGCUCUCCGUCAACCUCAACCUCUACGGCGACUUCCACAACCUGGCGCACGUGGCCCUGGGGCUCAUGCACGACCCCGACCAUAGGCACUUGGAGACGUUCUCGGUGGUGGCGGAGCCCACGACGGCCAUGCGCGACCCGCUCUUCUACCGCCUGCACUCCUUCGUGGACGACGUCUUCCACGAGCACAAGCGCACGCUGCCGCCCUACACCGUGCAGCAGCUCGGCUUCGACGGGAUCCGGGUGGCGUCGGCGCAGGUGCAGACGCAAGGGCUGGGCCGCGCCAACGAGCUCAACACCUUCUGGCAAGUGAGCGACAUCGACCUCUCGCGCGGGCUCGACUUCGCGCCGCGCGGCCCCGUCUUCGUGCGCGUGACGCACCUGCAGCACACGCCCUUCAGCUACCGCAUCCAGGUAAAUCCACCCCCACAACCGAAUUCAUGUUCUCAAGGCCACAGCUACUGUGGAAUUUUCAACCAGCCAUAUCCUGACCGCAGGCCCAUGGGUUACCCAUUCGAUCGCAAUCCUCGUACUAAUGCACAGACAUUGGCUCAAUUUUUGACCCCUAAUAUGUUUGUAACCCCUGUUACAAUAAGAUUCUUUAAUGAAAUUAGAGCGCCCGGUAACUCAACAGGAAUACCCGUUAGACGUGGCAGAGUAACCACAAAAUAGAAAUGUGAUUUUAAAUAGAACUUUGGAACCUAUGGAGAGACCUGGUAUUGCUACAAAACUUCGUCGGAAGUUGCAUGUUCUUCAAAGACAUUGAACCAGGACAAGAAUUUGCAGCAAGAAGAAAACUAAGCACAAAAGGUCCUGUGAAUGAUUAGGAGGGAGAGCAAAUGUUGAACUCUGAAUGCCCUGCCUGCAGAAAAAGAAAAUGACAUGGCUUCCAAACAAAUUUUAUCAGUGUUUUUUCAAUGUUAAAUUGAUGCCAUGCAUUUUCCCUUGAUUGACACUAUUGGAAAGUUUGUUUCAGAAAUUGUCUAGUUGCAAAUGGAUGCUUUUAAUAAAUGGCUUUUAUACAAAUUACUUUACUUCCCAAACCCCAAUAAAUCCUAAUCUUUUUUCUAAGUGUAAUUCACAGAAAUAGAAAAAGAUAAUUCCAACUUGCAGAAAAUGCAAAUUGAUAUUGGAGAAAAAACUUCUGUUUACAGCUUAUUUAAAAGGAAGCAUGCAGAAGGUAGCAUACGCUAAAUGGACUAAAUGGUUGUUUUUCAGCCGUCAAGGAUUUUUCCCCCAACAGAUGCAAAGUGAAUUUUACUCUUAAAACAGAACAAUUGUAGAAUAACUCACUUCUAUCAUACUAUUUAUACUGAAACGGAGAAUUAUUAAAAAUAAUAAAUCCAAAGUAUUCUUGGUGCAACAGAGAACUAAAGUCAAUCAUUUCCACAAUAAAGGCACAUGAUUAUUAAUACAACAAAUUGCCCUACUCAAAUUUUGCAACAUUCAGACAAGUUUGUAAAAGACUAGGAAAGAGAAAUUUUAUUAACUUUUGUUACAAAUAAGAAUGCCCAUCACUUUCUAUACUAUGUUUUUGAAAUUAGGAAAACCUGUACUGUUUCUUUUAGAAUGUACAUAAUUUCAUAUAAAUCUCAAACCUUUUUUUGACUGUAAUUAUUGUCAAAACUUUUGCAACAUAUUUUAAAACCUUUUACAAAUAAUAAACUACAUAUAACAUUGAUACUACUCAAAUCACG